AUGCCCGAAAUCGAUGUCGCCAAGAUUCGCAGCCACUUUCCGGCUCUGAACCAAAAGCAAGUCUUCUUCGACAACUCAGGUGGCAGCCAAGUAUUGAAAGAGGUCAUCGAUUCCAUCGUUGCAUACUUGAACUCCAACAACGUCCAGCUGGGAGCUAGUUAUCCCGUCUCUGCACAGUCAACAGACCUCUUCGAGAAAGGAUGUGCUGCAGUAGCAAAAUACAUCAACACCACUCCGGAUUGUGUCGUCCUUGGCCCAAGCACAACGCAACUCUUCCGGAACCUUUCUCUCAGUCUCUUCGACUACAUUACUCCAGGCUCAGAGAUCAUCGUGGACUCUUCCAACCACGAGGCCAACAUUGCAUCAUGGGUCCAACUCGCCAAAGAUCGGGGCUGUACUCUCAAAUGGUGGAACGCCGAGGACAAGAAGAAUCCUCAGCUCGAUUGCAACGUUCUUCGUGGUCUGAUGAGCGAGAAGACCAAGCUGGUAGCCUGUACACACACCUCUAACAUUCUCGGAACCAUCAAUGAUGUCAAGGCCAUUGCGAAGACGGUCCAUGAAAUUCCCGGGGCUCUCCUCUGCGUCGAUGCCGUCGCAUAUGCGCCUCACCGCGCCAUUGAUGUGACCGACUUCGAGGUCGAUUUCUACUCCUUCAGCUGGUACAAACUCUACGGCCCUCAUAUUGCCUCAAUGUACGCCUCCAAAGCCGCGCAAAAGCAUCUUAGAACUUUGGGCCACUUCUUCAAGCCAACUACUACGCUUGAGAAUCUUUUGGGCUUGGCAGCGGCGAAUUACGAGUUGACUGCCAGUAUUCCGGAAGUGUGUAAAUACCUGGAGGACGUUCCAUGGGAUCAAACGAGUGUGUAUGAAGAGAAGUUGCAACAUGUCUUGAUUGAGUACCUUCUUUCGAAGCCGGAGACGUACCAAAUCUAUGGUGAACCGACAGCGGAUCGGAGGAAGCGGGUGCCAGUGAUCAGUUUCACGGUCAAGGGAAGGAGCAGUAAGGAUGUAGUGGAUGCGAUAGAGGCUAGGAGUGAUUUUGGAUGUCGCUGGGGUGCGUUCUAUAGCAACAGGCUGGCUGAAGUGCUGGGGCUGGACCCUGUCGACGGUGUGGUGAGAGUCAGUUUGCUGCAUUACAAUACCGAGGAUGAAAUAAGGAGAUAUGUGAAGGUGUUAGAUGAUGUUGUCUUUGGGUCUUGA